AUGUCUGAGGUCAAUCCAACUUGCCUUUUCAUUAAAAAGAGGAAGAAGGCAGCAACGCGUUCUAAAGAAGAAUCAUCGGGCAGUGAUGAUGACGUUAGGAUCGUAAAGAAGAAGGAAAAGAUUGAUUCAAAUCCACUGGUUCAGAAAACAGCCUAUUUUUCCGCAAAACGUAAAACAGUAUCCGAUGAGGACUCAGGUGAUGAACUUACGAGCGUCGCGUUUAAAGCAGAUUAUAAUGCUGUUACUAGUGGUCCAAAAGAUCAAGGAGCCACAGCCACCUUAGAAAUCGACACAGAUAUUACUCAAGACGCUCAGGCCUUGUUUAUAAAAUCCCAACAAAUUAACAAGGAGGUUAAGUCCAAUACGGACAAAGUAUAUCGUGGCAUGAAUAACUAUGCGCAGUACCUUGAGAAAAAGGACACGGUAAUGGGCAAUGCUGCCAGCGGUUUCAAUCGAAAAGGACCAAUGCGCGCUCCUGCUCAUCUUAGAGCGACUGUAAGAUGGGACUAUCAGCCGGAUGUUUGUAAGGACUACAAGGAGACUGGCUUCUGUAGUUUCGGUGACAGUUGUAAGUUCCUCCACGACCGGUCAGAUUACAAACAUGGCUGGCAGUUGGAACAGGAGUUCCAAGAGGGUGUCUACGGUGUGGAAGGAAAUGAUAAUCGAUAUGAAAUUAAGUCGGAUGAAGAUGAAGAUGGGGAUCAGUAUCUCCCUCUUAAGUGUAUUAUAUGUCGCGGAGAUUUUAAGGACCCCGUUGUCACCAACUGCAAACACUACUUCUGUUCAGCCUGUGCAAUAAAGCGCCUGAAGAAAACCACUCGCUGCUAUGCCUGCACAGAGGACACCAAAGGAGUUUUCAAAAUGGCUCGAGAUCUGUUCUCCCGUAUUGAGGCAAUAAAAGCCAAGCGGAAAGAGAAGGGCCUACCAGAAGACAGUGACGCCGAAGAUGCCGACAGGGGAUCAGCUAAUGGAGAAGGAGGUCACGACCAUCAUCAUCAUAAUCACAGCGAGCCCUGCUGUUCUCACGGCCAUUCUCAUGCGCCUACCACAAAUGAUCACAACGAGCAUUACAUCAGUUCAUCCGAGCUGGAAGAAGAUUCCGAUGAGGAGGAAAAGAAGGCUAAACCCCCUGUCGCCUUCCCUACUCUCACUCGCUUAGAGGGCGCCAAACCAGAGUCGGUUGAGGAUUGUGACAGUAGCUGUGAUCAAUCUGCUGACAUAGCAACGCUGAAAGCUGCUGUUCGAGCAGGUCAAUUAGAGUGCCAUCCAGACAAAUGCGUUCAUUUAUCGGAUGUUGAACAAACUGAAAGAAGGGGGCAUUUUGAGGCUCUAAUUAGGGCUUGGAGGGUUUUAGAGUGUGAUGAGAGUCGGAGACGAUAUGAUGCAGCUCUGCGACAAGCCCGGUUGCUUUAUUCCACCUCCGCUCCAGUACAUUGUACUCUCAAUUUCUCUGAUCUGUCGUCUGGAGAGGAGGAAAUUGAUCCCGAGGAGGUCUAUACUGCAUCCUGCAGAUGUGGAGGCGAAUUCAUUCUGGAAGGUGUUGCUGCCUUGGCUAGAAUCCCCUAUGCCCAUUGCUUUCAGUGCUCCCUUGUUGCUAGGAUGAAUGAUGGGGAAUUUAAACUGGACGAACCUUCUACAACUGAACGAGGUCCGUUUCAAGCCAGUAAGCAGGAUUAUGACGCUACAAGAAGGAGAAAGGCCCUUUGUUUGAGAAACUUCAUGAGGAUUGUGGAGAGGUUUGCUCAAAAUCCCGUUACUGAAGAAAUGGUUGCUAUGGCCUUACCAUGGUUGGAGCGUGAACAAUUUGACGACAUUCCAGUGGAACGUUUUGCUUACAAGAACUGUGGCUAUAUACUUUGUAAAAACACCCUCCCUAAAAAACAGCUAAAUCAAAAGUAUCGAAUUUCCGUGGCCAGACGUCGUGUUUAUGAAGUUGGUGAUCGAAAGUACUUCUGUUCUGACUGGUGCUAUCGCGCUUCUUGCCAUAUACGACACCAAAUUCCAUCUGAUCCAGUAUGGUGUCGCUCACUGCCCAAUGGUCCAAUGCUGAAUCUCACAUUUCUUCCAGCUAACGCUCCUGGCCGUCCUGGAAAAACUAUCUUGGAUGCUCUUGCCAACCUUCGACUCAUUGCUGAUAUUGAAAACACCAAAAGCCAAUCUCCCUCUUCAGAGGAUGAAGAGGGUUGUUGCGAUCUCGAAAAGGAGAGCUCUGAUAGUGAGGAUAAGAGCAGCGAGAAUAGUGAAGGUACCGACGAACAUUCCCAUUGGAAUGAAGUUAUUCCUCAACCACGUAAGGCCAAAAUCAUUGAGAGAGAGUCUAAAACUUUUGAUAAAUCUCCUCUAAACGUGAAGGAGGAGGAAUCCAAGAAUGUGGCAGUAACUGCAAACGUGAAGAGCGAAAUUCUCCCGAAAAAGGAGAUGAAUGUGGAACAGGGGGUGGAAUUGGACCCGAAAGGAGUAGUCUUAAAUCGACUGCAAGAAUGGGUGACUAAAGAGUCUGUGGAAGUGUUGUAUUCAGAAGGAUCUCCCACCUCAAAAGAUCAAGCGAAGUGUCCCUCUUCCGAGUACGGGGCUAAAGUCAAAGCAUUUUUUUCCGACGCCGAGGCAACUGAAAAUGGACCGAAUAUUGUACUACCCUUUGUGGACUCAGUAUCUCAAGGAAAUCUACGCCUUCAAAUUCUAAUGGAAUCGUUAUCGCCCAGUUUGAAAAAUAUCCUCUUUCGCAUGAAAAUACCCUCGAGUCCCAUCUAUGGCAAAUUGCGAAACCUCCUUGCCCAUUUUCACCUCACCAACAAGAACUUGCAUGUCAGACCCGAACAACUUAAAAUAAUGUGCUGCAGCCUACUUCAUCUCCUUACAGCCAAGGAUGAUAAACUGAUUCCACACAGAGAACUUGUUGAGAUGCUCUCGUCGAGUUUCGAUGGAGAUGAGACGAAAGUGGAGGCGCAUCUCUCGAGUGUGAUGCAGAUUGUCGACAAGUUUCAUGAAGAGAGCCUUGAGAUGCCCUCGUAG